AUCUUUACUUCUUCACUUUCCAAGGUUGACCACCUAAACUUUUAAUCAAGUUUCUUUUUAGAAAAUAUUUGAAUACACUCACUUUUUAUACGUGUGUUAGAAAGUCCCUUCGUUGAAUCAUUUGAACAUAAAUAUAUCAAAGUUAAAAUGAAUAAAUUAAUAAUUAUUUCAGUUUAUUAUGGAAUUUUACAAUUUACUUCUGUACUAUCAAUUGAGGGACAGACUCCUCUCAAAAUAAUACAAGAUUUUACUCAAGCGGAUGGAUUUAUUUUCGAUGGUCCCGCAGAGAAAUCUUCCACUAAUAUUAAUGAGAAUUUUAGUGGUUUUAAGCUUUCCGCUAUAAGUACAUCUGCUCCUGGAACAAUUUUCGGUCGUCGUAAAAUAAGCCAUAUAAGCACCUUUGAACAUUGCUUUAAAAAUUGCCCUUCAGGUGAAGAAAAAAAACCAGUAUGUGGAAAUGAUGGCCUUAUUUAUGAUAAUGUAAAACAAGUACAUUGUGCGCGAAUUUGCGGUAAAUAUGUCCAAAUAAAACCCUGUAAUGAAUCUACAAAUUCUGAUAGUGGCACUUCUAGUCAGCCAUUGCAAUUAUUUUCUGAUUGUAUGAGUAGUUGCUCGAAAUCACUUGAAUACAAUCCAGUUUGUGGAAGCGACGGAACUACAUAUGACAAUUCAGAGAUUAUUGCAUGUGCUCAAACUUGUGGAAAACAAAUAAAAAUUGCAUCUCAUGGAAUAUGUACUUUUAGAGUUUAAGACACUUUUUUUUAUUUCAUAACAGUCAACUUUUUUAUAUGAUGAAGAUAUUAUAUUUUUUAAAAUUAAAAAAUACAUAUAUAUAUAUAUAUAUAUAUAAUACAAAGCCUUUCAAAAUGAAAAAUAA